UAACCAACAGAGCAGCGUCUUCAUCAGCAGUCAAGAGGGCGCUGCACUUCAGCUCUGCUUGGUUUCUCGCCACCCCGCCGUACUGCUGCCAUUUCUCGCUUCCCCCACGACAAGAGCAGCGCUCACCUCAGAAACUGAUGGGGCCCAAGAAAAAGUGGACCGGGCACUAUCAGGCCAAGCGGCCCAGGGAAGGGGAGCAAGACGGCAACGGCGGCAGCGGGGACGAGGGUCCGAAGAAGCCUCGACGGACGGCAGCGAUAAACCUUGGGAACGUGAAAGGCCACCAGGCCGUCGUUGGCACCUGUGAUGUCCGGCACGAUAGACAGGCAACAGCCGAGCUAGUAGACAUGCUGAACUCGGUGGCCGAUGACAUGUACCCCGAGACUGACGGGGACGACGCGGCGGCCGAAGAUGCCGCGACAGCAUCACCUGUCGCCCCCACGCCGAGCGCAGAAGGAAAACCUGGCAACGGCGAUAGCGAUGGGGCUAGGGCAUCAGCGUCCUCGGCAGCAGCACCAGCAGGAGGGGCGGCCGAAAUGUCUGUGGAAGAGAUGGUGAAGCAAGAGGCGGACGCGCUGCGGUCCGGGAGCGACAAAGUUCACCGGUUCAAGUCCGUCAACACGUCCGUAAAGGGCGUGGUGAUGGUGUGCGUUGUGGAUCCGAAGGUGGACAUCUUGCGGUUGGUGGACACCCUCUAUGACGAGAUAAGGACGACUAAGAUGCGCCGGAGUCGCUUCCUUGAGCGGGUGACGCCGCUGCAGGUCACGGCGUAUUCCGAGCUUGAUGCCAUCAAGGAAGCGGUCGGACCCAUUGUUUCGAAGGCGCUGCCGCCCGUCGCAGAGGAAGUACCACCGUUACCGACUGCUGUUAGAGCUUCCGGUGCCAAGGCCACCGGCCCUGCUGCGGUGAAGACUGAAAAGGGAACGCCGGCACCGAAGGACAGCAGUGGUGACAAGGUCAAAGCAGCGGAGACAGAAGAAAAGGAAGGUGAAGGUGCGGCAGCGAGCGCACCAAACGGCACCGGAGAUAAAGCAGGGGGGGGAGCGGGCUCUGCCGCCCCAGGAGCUGCUGGCACCAAGGAGGGCGAUGUUGUCAGCGAUGGCAACGAGAAGAAGACCUGUGACAAGAGGUGGAAGUUCAGGGCGGACAUAAGGAGGAGAAACUCAGGGCUGAAGCGGCUCGACUUGAUCAAUGCUGCGGUGGGGUCCGUGGGCGUGGGACACUCAGUGAACAUGACUUCUCCGGAGGUGACCAUCGUCGUAGAGGCCGUCAAGUCGGUCGUGGGUGUGAGUGUGCUGUUCAACUAUGCUCGGAACCACGAGUACAGCAUAAGCAGGCUACAGGACGCCGUGUGUGGCGCCAUUCUCGACAGCUGA